AUGUCCCAUCCCUGCCGGGGGCGAUGCCGGCCCCUGCCGAUCGCCGUGCCUCCGGCAGCGCUGCCCCGGCACAACCGCUGCUCGUCGCCGAAGCGGAUGAUGUCUGCUGGCAUCGCCUUCGCUAAUCCCCCUCGCUCCUCCCUGCCGGCGGCGGGGGCUGCUGUCACCCACGAGCUCCUGGCAGAGCCACCAGAGCCGAAGGUGGCCAACUGUGGCACAGGGCACUGCUCGGUCCACCUGCACAGCCCAGAGGGUCACCGGGACUUGACCCUCCCGGUGGCGGCGAGAGAUUUGGACAUCGGUCGGGGAGCUUUUCGCCCCGGGCAGGAGCCGCUGGCCCCGCUCGGCCGGCCAGAGCAGCCCUGGGGGGCUCCCAGCAAAGGGCAGCAAGAAGCGCAGGUAGUGGGGGGGGAAGACGGGCCUGGGGGGGUGUCGUUGGUGCUCAUCACCCCGGUGAAACCCGGGCAGAGGCGGAUCCGCUUUCCGGCUGCCCCGCUAAUGGUUAUUCUGGUGAAGCUGGAGCUUUGGGAAAAUCCUGAGGUCUCCAGAGUGAGUCCAGGGCUAACAGGCAUGAAGCGACCCCUGAGCCCAUCCCACAACCCCGAGAACGGGGUACGGCUGGUGGAGGCGGCCGGCUGCCCACCGAGCCAGCCCGAGCAGCGCAUGAAGCGGGAGAAGAAGCACCAGUCGUUCACGCUCUGCGAGGUCUGCAACAUCCAGCUCAACUCGGCGGCGCAGGCGCAGAUCCACUACAACGGCAAGUCCCACCAGAAGCGCCUCAAGCAGCUCAACAAGGGGAAGAUGCCGGCAGCCCAAGGGAAAAAGCCAGCUGGGGAAACUUCCAAUUCCAAUAAAAAGUGUAAGCGCUAUUUCAAUGAGCACUGGAAGGAAGAAUUUACUUGGCUGGAGUUUGACUAUGAGAGGAAACUCAUGUUUUGCAUAGAGUGUCGGCAGGCGCUGGUGAAGAACAAGCACGGUAAAGCGGAGAACGCCUUUACCGUGGGCACGGACAACUUCCAGCGCCAUGCCCUGCUGCGGCACGUCACCUCCGGCGCGCACCGCCAGGCGCUGGCGGUGAACCGGGAGCAGCUGGCAUUCGAGACCCACGUCCACGGCCACCCGGAGCUGCGCUCGGUCAUCAAGGUGGAGGUGAACCCGGCGAAGGUGGCCAUCCUCACCACCGUCUACUGGAUGGCGAAGGAGGAGAUCCCGGACGAGAAGUGCUCCUCCUUGCUUGACUUCCAGAAGUUCAACCUGUGCCAGGCGCUGCUGGCCUCCGAGCACAGCGAGUACUACCACCCCAGCAGCGUCAGGGAGAUGCAGGUGUUCCUGCACAACGAGGACAGGCACAGGAUAAAAGCCUCGCCGUUUGUUGGGCUGGUGGUGGACGAGACGGUGGACAUCCUGGAGCACCGCAGCCUCGCCAUGUUCACCACCACCGUCUCCCCCUGCAACGGGCAGACCUCCGCCACCUUCCUGGGGAGCUUCGAGCUGCCCGCCGGCGAGGCCUCCACGGUGGCGGGCAAGGUGGGCGAGGUGAUGCGCUCCUUCGGCAUCCCCACCAUGAAGAUCACCUGGCUCAGCGCCGACAGCGCCUCGCUGAUGGCCGAGCGGCUGAGCGGGGUGGGGACCGCGCUGACCUCCCUCUGCCCGCUCCUCAUGGAGAUGCACUGCCUGUCCCACGGGAGCUCCCUGCUGCCGGCUGAGAGCAUCGUCAACAUCGAGUACCUCCAGAAGUACGAGACCACUGUGGACGCUGUGUACAGGCUCUACUCCAGCUUCAGGGGGGAAAGCAAUGGCCUGCAGGAGCUGCAGAGUGUCCUGGACCUCUGUGAGAUAGACCUUGGGAGCCCCAAAGCCAUCCACUGGACUUCUAUUUUCCCAGCUGUGGAAGCCAUUGAUUCCUCAUGGCCCACGCUGGUGCUGCUGCUGGAGAGAGAGGCGGAGCGGUCACCUGUGGCCCAUGGCCUCUGCGAAGAGCUCAAGAAGUUCCAGUUUGUGGCCUUCACCAAGAUCCUCCUGGAUGUCCUCCCCAUCUUCCAGAAACUCAGCCGCUUCUUCCAGAUCGAGGACUUUGACCUCUCCAUCCUGAAGCCCGUCGUCUCUGCCACGGCUACCACCCUGCAGGCCCAGAAGAGCACCAGUGGCCAGAACCUCCAGGAUUUCCUCAACGAGAUGAACGAGCACCCACGGGAUGACCGGGAGGGUGAGAGCCGCCUCUACUACAAGGGUGUCGAGUUGGCCAACUGCUCCAAGGUGCACCUGAAGCACUUUGAGCGGCUGAAGGAGAACUACCUGGAGACCGUGCGGGGCAACCUGCUGGACAGGUUCCCCAGUAGCGUCCUGGAGGCUAUCAGCUCCUUCUCAGCCAUCUUCAACCCCAAGUGCUACCCCCAGUCUUUGGAGGACAUUGGCAGCUAUGGGGUCAGCGAGCUGAAUUUCCUCCUGCAGGCUUACUCCCGGGUGGUGGUAAGUGAGAGGGCCCUGAGCGAUUUCCCCCUCUUCAAGCGGAUCGUCUUCAGCCUCAGCCAGCUCUCCUUCAAGGACCUCUGCAUCAAGCUGGUCUACAGCAACUCGGAGAUGCAUGAGCUCUUCCCGGACUUUGCUGUCCUUGCGGCCAUCGCCCUGGCCUUGCCGCUGGGCUCGGUCCUCACUGAGAAGAUCAGCCGGGGCCGGGAGCUGCUGAAGCGUGGACGGUCGCGCUGCGCGAAGGACGAGGGGCUCUCCGACCUCAUGAAGAUCGCCAUCGACGGGCCGGCCAUCAACGAGUUUGACUUUGCGUUGGCCAUCGAGUACUAUGAGAGCAUGAGGGAGUCCGGCUUCAUCGUGGCACAGGUGAAGUGA